AUGCCACCGGAGUGUGGGGAGAAGAUCACCCUUCAAAUCACCAAUCUCCUGUCUGUGACUGUGUUCCUGGGAAUGGUCUCGGAGAUCACCCCGCCUACGUCAGAAUCGAUCCCCAUAAUUGCUGUGUUCUUUUCACUUUCGAUGCUUUUGUUGGGAUGUUCGAUCAUAGCGACGUUGGUCAUCAUCAAUGUGCACUUCCGAUCUCCACGAACUCAUCGAAUGGGAAAAUGGAUACAACUGAUAUUUCUGGAAUGGCUACCAUGGUUUCUCCUGAUGUCACGACCUGGAAAGAAGUUCAAACUACGGACGCAAAAGUGUUCAUCCGACAAUGGAGACGAGUCAUUCCGAAAAACAGCCAGAAAGCAUGUGGUGUUGAUAGACGAUGAAAAAAAUACUCGACUUCUAAAUGGAGAAGUCCCUGGUAUGGAGAAAGCCAAAGCCCUACGGCCUCACCUUAUUCGAAGUUCGGAAAGUUUCGCUGUGGACGACUCAAUUGAGAUGGGUAUUCGAGAAAUUAUCGUCUUACUGAAUGCUUUCAAGGAUCGACUAGACGAGGAAGAUCGCGAUUCUGAUUUGCAGGAUGAUUGGAAGUUCAUGGCGAUGGUGAUUGAUCGACUAUCGCUGUUCCUUUUUACUGUGCUCAUCAUCGCCACCACUUCUUUGAUAUUCCUUUCAACUCCACGACUCUUUGUCAAGUCACCGGUUUAUUAG